GUGUGGCCCGAACACAUACGGACUCACCGAGGUAAGGUCAGCGGCCAACAGGGCACGCCAGCACGUGGAGGCUGUGACAACGGCUGGCAACUCGUGCUGUCCACAGAUGUAGGUACCGGAAACAGGAAAGGCUUCAUUUCCACAGUAUCGAUAACCUGCACCAUUUCGUAG